UGGGCGAGCAACAACAAACCGGGCCCAAAGCAAAACCAUACGCGAAUCGUAUGCGAGAGCCUAGAAAGCGUGCAGAGCGAGAAGAAUCUUAACGGCAAACAAACAAAAUCCUGCAACUAUUUGAUAAAGAGAGUGUACAGUGCAAAGUCAGAAAGUGUAAGAAGAGAGUGAGGAAGGAGGAACAAGGAGUUAAUUAAUCAAUCCAAUCGCCCAUCUAUUGAGAGGAGAGGAGAAAAGAGGAGAUGCUGCAUUAAGAUAUCUACAUAUCUUUGCUUCGAUCGGUCCUGGGAAUAUUUGAAUUCAAUAUUUUGUGGAAUUCCUAUAGCCUAUAAGUACUCUCUAUAUAUAUACUGUGAUCCAUUAUGCUGACGAGGCUACACAUUCUGGGCCUAGCCCUUAUUGGGUCUUUAAUAGUUCCUCAUACAUUGGCUGACAUUGAAUUAACCGGUCAAUCGAUUAAAGAUGCAUUGGCCGAAUACAGUUUAAUCGACAUUAUGUACAACAAUCAAAAUGGAGUUGAAAUUGUUGAGGGAGAAGAUGGAUUUCCCGCCUUUAAAUUUCUACCGACGGCCGAUGUGAAAUCGUCCUAUCGAAUGAUAUUGCCCGAGAAAUUAUACGAAUUCGCCAUACAUAUUUCAUAUCGUCAAAGCUCCCUCAAGGGUGGCUAUCUAUUCAGUGUGGUCAACUCCAUUGAUACGGUGGUCCAGUUGGGAGUACAUCUAUCGCCCGUUGUGAAGAACCAGUACGAAGUGACAUUGGUCUAUAGCAAAGCGGAUCAAAGUGUGGGCCGUAAAUUGGCCAGUUUUAGUGUUCCCUAUGUGCCAGAUAAAUGGAGUUCAAUCGAAUUCCAGGUGCUCAGCGAUAAGGUAUCCUUCUACUAUGAUUGCGAAUUGCGCAAUACCACAAAUGUGGUUAGAGAACCCUCCGAAUUGGUAUUCGAAUCGGCAUCGACACUGUACAUUGGUCAGGCUGGACCCACCAUUCGUGGCAAUUUCGAGGGACAUUUAGCUAAAAUCAUUGUUUAUGGUAAUCCGGAAGCCAUAAACAUCACAUGCAUGCCCACAGCAAAGGCACCACCGACGUCAGGAACCACAGCGGAUCAAGAGAAUGAAUUAGAUUCUGUUUUUGAAGGAUCUGGAGGGGAUGAUAAUAUCAGUGCAACCGAGUCGAUCGAAGUCGUUGAUGAGAAUGAUGAGGAUAACUUUUGGAAAAGUUUUGAUAAGGCAACUGACAUCUACGACGCCAGUGGCAUGCAACCCCCCUCCGGCCAGACAUACCCGGUUGACAGAAUAAACCGCGGCAUCAAGGGCGAGAAGGGCGAACGUGGCCCCAAAGGAGACAGCAUACGUGGUCCUCCGGGUCCACCGGGUCCGCCUGGGCCCAAGGGCGAACCGGCUGCAUAUCCGCCCUUCUUAGAGCCAACCAGCAGUGCGGGGGCUAAAUACACUGGCGAAUGUACAUGUAAUGCGUCUGAUAUCCUGGAAGCCAUCAAGGACAAUGAAUCGUUACGUGAAACGUUACGUGGAACGCCUGGAGUGUCGGGAAAGGAUGGGAAGCCAGGAACCCCUGGACAUACGGGAGCCACUGGCGUUCCGGGUGCACGCGGAGCUCGUGGUCCCGAAGGUGUCCAGGGGCCAAAAGGCGAGCCAGGCGUCGAUGGUUUGCCCGGUGUGAUGGGUCCGCCCGGACCGCCGGGUCCGCCUGGUUUGCCCGAAAACUACGAUGAAUCCUUAAUGGUCAACUCGAUGGGCUCAUUUCGUGGCUCAACCCAACCUGGACCCAAAGGUGUGCCCGGCGAGAAAGGUGAUGCCGGUCAAAAGGGCGAACGAGGCGAACAGGGUCACAAAGGUACGCAUGGCAGCAGCGGCGCAAAGGGUGAACCCGGUGAACCAGGCACACCGGGGUUACCGGGUCUACCCGGUCAAGCGGGAACACCAGGCGGCUUCGAUGGUUUGUCUUCGUCUGUGGCUGGUGCGGUAAAUGGAACCAAAGGCGAUAAGGGCGAAAAGGGCAUGAGAGGGCGACGUGGUGGUUCUGGUCCUGCAGGACCAAUUGGACCGCCCGGCAAACCCGGAGCCAUGGGUGACAUUGGACAUUCGGGACGUCCUGGCAUGACUGGACCCAAGGGAGAGAUGGGACCCAAAGGACCUAAAGGCGAUGCUGGCGGUCGGGAAGGGUCCAAGGGUGACAAGGGUGAUCGGGGACAAGAUGGUCGCGAUGGCUUGCCAGGACCACCAGGAUUGCCGUCCUCAAGCUCUGGCGAUGGCAGUGGCGUUCAAUAUAUACCGAUGCCCGGACCAGCUGGACCGCCCGGUCCACCAGGACCCCCUGGAUUGCCAGGCCUAUCGAUCUCUGGCCCAAAGGGUGAGCCUGGCAUGGACACCCGCACUUUCUAUGGCGACUCGAGCUAUUACAGUCGACCAGGUGCUCGCUCAUCUUUAGACGAACUGAAAGCUUUGCGAGAACUGCAAGAUCUGCGCGAAAGACCAGAUGGCACAGCCGAAACUCCACGACAAUCGGGACACUCUCACAAGCAUGAGGAGCAGGCGGCAUUGGGUGGUGGCGGCGGUGGCGGAGGCGGAGGCGGAGGCAACGGCGAUGAUAGCGAAGCUUUGCCCUAUUCCUCGGCCUCAUCGUCGAACAUGAGAAUUGUGCCAGGUGCAGUUACUUUCCAGAACAUUGAUGAAAUGACAAAGAAGUCGGCACUGAAUCCGCCUGGCACAUUGGCUUACAUCACCGAGGAGGAGGCUCUGCUGGUUCGCGUCAAUAAGGGCUGGCAAUAUAUAGCGUUGGGCACUUUAGUGCCAAUUGCGACACCUGCCCCACCCACCACAGUGGCACCUGCCAUCCGAUUCGAUUUGCAAUCGAAGAAUCUAUUAAACAGUCCACCGCCAUUGCUCAAUACACCGACGUGGUAUCCGCGAAUGCUCCGCAUGGCCGCAUUGAAUGAGCCCUAUGUGGGCGAUUUACAGGGCAUCAGAGGCGCCGAUUUUGCCUGCUAUCGUCAAGGUCGUCGUGCCGGGCUGCUGGGCACCUUCAAGGCAUUCCUCUCAGCCAGAGUGCAAAAUGUGGACUCUGUAGUCCGUCCAGCUGAUCGAGACUUGCCAGUGGUGAAUACGCGCGGCGAUGUGCUCUUCAAUUCCUGGAAUGGCAUCUUUAAUGGUCAAGGUGGAUUCUUUUCGCAGGCGCCACGCAUUUACAGUUUCAGUGGCAAGAAUGUGAUGACAGAUCCCUUGUGGCCCAUUAAAAUGGUGUGGCACGGCACUCUACCGAAUGGGGAACGAUCUAUGGACACUUAUUGCGAUGCCUGGCAUUCGAGUGCCCAUGAUAAAUAUGGUUAUGCCAGCAAUCUGGAGGGUCACAAGCUCAUCGAUCAGAAGCGUCAGAGUUGCGAUGGCAAAUUGAUUGUAUUAUGUGUGGAGGUCAUGUCGCAGGAGAGGCGAAGGAAAAAGCGGAACAUUGGCCAAAGCCACAGUCUGGAGUUCAAUACGGCAGACGAAUAUGCAGAGCAUUUAGACAAUUUACUGAAGUAAGCCGAAAGAGAAGCAGGAGCUAAAAGAAGGAGCGAACCAUACCAAAAUCAUUUACACACCACACCCACACCCACACACACACACACACCCAUAAAAUGUAAACGUAAAUCAUGGCCAUGCAUAUAAUCAGCGAAUUCCAAAAGAACAAAAACCAAAAAAAAAAAAAAAAACAAAAAAAAUGUGAGAAGAAGAGAACCUACAUGAAUACUCAGACAUAAAGAAGAAGCAAAGGACAUGAAGAGGAGAUGGAGAAUAAAACAGUGGGAACGCUAAAGAGGAAUCCAAAUGCAUAUACUAUAGAUAUACGAUAUAUACGACUAUAUAUUGAAUAUGUGUAUGUGUGUGUAAUACUCGUACUACUUAACUAUACAUAUUAACUUAGGCAUAUCGUUUAUGUUCACAACCAACAUCAACAAACCACAAACAACAAGAGCAACAACAACUUUUGUACAACGCAAAUAGAAAGAGCAAAAUAAAUGCAGAACGAGUGGAAAGAAGAAAGAGAAGGAGGGGAGAAGUAAAAGGUAUUUUGUAGUUUGUAAUUUGACAUAAAAAUGAAAAGAAGCAACUAAAAAAAAACCAAACAAAAAAAGAAAAACCACAAUACAACUUGUAAGUUUAAGGAUAAUAUCAGAUUUUUUGUAAUUUCCAUCAAGAUGACACACACUCACAGUCACACACACACAGGCAAACAUCCAAACAUAUAUAUACAUACAUAUAUAUGACUUACUGGCCAAAUUAGCAUCCUAUAUAUAGCUCGUAUCGAUAAUAAGAAAAACAGAAGAAAGUAAAGAAAAUGAUGGAAAGCAAACGUAUCUAAUCGCGACAUUUUCACCACACAGGACACAAUGUCACACACAAAAAACAUUUCUCUAAAUAAUGUAUAAUAAUGUAAGAUUGUCUCGAUUUCUCGAUACGAUGAUCAUGAUGAUGAUGAUGAUGAUGAUACCCUAUCCAGUAUAGAAAACGAAAAAACUGGAGAUUUACAGUUUGUAUAAGAUUUUCUUUCUUUGAUUACAUUUUGAUAUUUUACUUAAGGUUUUCUUUCAAAAUUUAUGUUUAUUAUCUUUGGGUCAUUUCAAAAAGACUUCUAAAUGUAUAAAUUUUAUAAGUAAGUUGAUAUACAGAGAUAAUAGCGACAGUUUUUAAACUCUAACUUAAUGUCAGCCUAUUCUACAUACAUAUAUAUAUAUAAAUAUAUAUACAUAAUUUAUGCCAACAGAUUUUCUACUUCGUCAUUAACAAAGGAAAAAACCUAAAAAAAAAAAAAAAACAAAAAGUUAG